AUGGGCUAAUUAUUUAGAAAACUUUGAACAACGCCAAGUUCAUCUGAUCAUUCACUAUCGCUAAUCAAUCUUCCUAGCUUUUUUGUUAUUUUUCGCCAUGAAUCGUUUAAUUUGUCAUUUGUGUGUAAAUUUGGUAGUCUAUAGAAGGCUAUAA